GUCACUCCAGUGAAGUGAAAAGAAGAUGCCAGUCGCUGUUUAUUUUAAGGCCACUUCAUCUCCCGGGAGACCAGACAGUUAACAGCCCUAUGAAGACAUUCCCUUACAAGCUGUUAACUGGGUGGAUCUGUUAUUCUCCAUCAGAUAAGACCGCUCACACUACUAACGAUAGCUACCAGUAACCUCUCUCUCCAUCGUUAUGAGCGAGCCUAGUAAUGUCUCCAACAUCCCAGUCGGGGGCUGGAACAUCACGAACCAAUUUGUCCAGCCGGUUUGGCUGCUCGCUCUCUGGACGGUAGCCUACAGUCUCGUGCUGUUUGUCUCGGUGAGCGGGAACGUCAUCGUUAUCUGGAUCAUCCUCGCUCACAAACCGAUGCGGACAGUGACAAACUACUUCCUGUUGAACCUGGCUCUCGCGGACACUUCCAUGGCGGCCUUCAACUCGUUCGUGAACUUCGUUUACGCUGCGCACGGGGACUGGUACUUCGGUCUCGUCUACUGCAAGUUCCACAACUUCCUUCCUGUGACAGCGGUGUUCGCCAGCAUCUACUCCAUGGUGGCCAUCGCCGUGGACCGGUACAUGGCCAUCAUCCACCCACUCAAGCCGCGCCUCUCGGCAACGGUAACCAGGUCUGUGAUUGGCUGUAUCUGGGGUAUGGCCGUGGUACUAGCGUUCCCGCUGUGUUACUACUCAACCACAAGAAAGAUUGGACAGAGAACACUGUGUUACGUCUACUGGCCCCGCACUGCUCAGGACUCAUUCAUGUAUCAUAUAAUAGUAGCAGUGUUGGUGUAUGUGCUGCCUCUAGUGGUGAUGGCUGGUACCUACAGUCUGGUGGGUAGGACACUUUGGGGCGGAGAGAUACCUGGUGACUCUAAAGAUAACUACCAUCUACAGAUACAAGCCAAGAGGAAGGUGGUGAAGAUGAUGAUGAUUGUGGUGGUAACGUUUGCAGUCUGCUGGCUCCCCUACCACCUCUACUUCAUGAUAACAGGACUCAACAGACAACUGAACAGAGUCAAGUCUAUACAGCAGGUGUAUCUAUCAGUGUUGUGGUUGGCUAUGAGCUCCACCAUGUACAACCCUGUCAUCUACUGCUGUCUCAAUAGCAGGUUCCGUGCAGGGUUUAAGCGUGCAAUGCGCUGCUGUCCAUUUGUCCGUCUGUCUGAAUACGACCAGAUGGAACUACGUAGCGCCCGUUUCCAUGCCAACAGACAGAGCAGCAUCUACACCCUGACCCGCUUCGAGUCCUGCUCCGCCGACCCACACAACGACCGCAGCGACAGGAGGAGGAGUCAGGGUGGUCGUCAUGGUAGCAUCGCACACAACGGGGUGAAUCGUCACGGAACCCGACAUACACUCCUGACACACGCUAGUUACCACGGCAACCCCCGAGGGUCCACCUCCGCCAUGGAGCUCACCUGAGAGGUUUGGACUUGAGGCGAAGCGAACACACAAACAUACACACCCUUAUUGAAACACAAACACACCUGGAUUCCAUAACAUAUAGGAAUCCCCAUUUCUGUUCUAUACCAAUAAGUAACUUGUAACCAGGUCAGUUCUGUCAGUUGUAUAGUCAGUUAACCCUUCUGUUCUGUCAGUUAUAUAGUCAGUUAACCCUUCUGUCAGUUAUAUAGUCAGUUAACCCUUCUGUUCUGUCAGUUAUAUAGUCAGCUAAACCUUCUGUUCUGUCAGUUAUAUAGUCAGUUAACCCUUCUGUUCUGUCAGUUAUAUAGUCAGUUAAACCUUCUGUUCUGUCAGUUAUAUAGUCAGUUAACCCUUCUGUUCUGUCAGUUAUAUAGUCAGUUAACCCUUCUGUCAGUUAUAUAGUCAGUUAACCCUUCUGUUCUGUCAGUUAUAUAGUCAGUUAAACCUUCUGUUCUGUCAGUUAUAUAGUCAGUUAACCCUUCUGUUCUGUCAGUUAUAUAGUCAGUUAAACCUUCUGUUCUGUCAGUUAUAUAGUCAGUUAAACCUUCUGUUCUGUCAGUUAUAUAGUCAGUUAACCCUUCUGUUCUGUCAGUUGUUACUCAGGGCCUUUUUAGUAUGUUCUUGUGUAUUGUUGGGUUGGUUGUUUGUUAAAAACAGCUUGUAAUGUUUAUUUAAAAUAUUACUUAUCUUUAUUGAUAUAUUAUACUUCUAUUUAGUCUGUAACGAGUAAAUGUGAAUCAAGACCUGUAAGUGAUGUCUAUCGAUGUGUGACAAAAUAAAAACCCUAUGUAUUGUAGGAUCUGUCUCAAUUGAAUCAUGGGAAAUAUAUGUUGACAUUGCCAAAUCAAGUGAAGUAGACAAUAAACAAAAGUGAAAUAAACAAUAAAACAUGAACAUGAACAAUUACACUCUCAAAAGUUCCAGAAGAAUAAAGACAAAUGUCGUAUUAUGUGAAAAAGGAAAGAUAAAUAAAAAUCAACGUAAAUAUGGAUUGUAUUUAUAAUGGUGUGUGUUCUUCACUGGUUGCCCUUUUCUUGAGGCAACAGGUCACACAUCUUGCUGCUGUGAUGUCACACGGUGGUAUUUCACCCAGUAGA